AUGUCUGCUAUUACAACCAAGUUCGUUACAGACCACAAACUCACCAAUGAAAUGAGUCUCGAAGAGCUUAGCCAGUAUGCGCCAGAAAUACUUGAGCUCUUACCAGCUGAUAGAGAGAAAAGGCAUCAGGCUCGCGAUCAUCUUCAAAAAGGAUAUAACUUUAGUAAAGAACAAGCAUUUGCGUUGAUAUCUUCUCAAAGAACUGGUCAAACUAAAAGUCAAGUAACCCCCAAAGAAGGAGGGGCAGAAGCGGAAGUGAAUAUAUGCUGUGCUAAAAGCGCCUGCCAAGUAUCAGAUAUUAUCCCAGAAGGAGAAAUCAUUAGAGAAAUGGCUCAGCGUAUUAUGCGGGAUAGCCUUAGUGAAAAAGAAGUAAAACUUAUAGCUAAAGCAUUAGCUGAAACAUCCCCUAAUCCAGUUGCCUGCACAUCUAGUCUCAGUAGGCUCCGAAAGGAAUUGCGGAAGCUUAAUGCCCCAAAGGCAAUAAUCGAAGCUACGAAGAUUCCAGGGAUAACCACUUUAUCGAAUAAAAUCCAAAGGGAGAAGAGUUUAUUAUGCAAAGAUGAAGGAAUUCAUUAUCCGGACCACUUCUCGUUAGAAUCGGUUAAGAAGAGAUUGGAUUCGUAUGAUGUAUCUAAUAUACCUGACAAACAGGCCCUAGCUGAUGUAAUGAUUAUGCUCUGUAUUCGUCCAGCUGAAAUUAAAGAUUAG